AUGAUCGGCGGUACUGCUGGAUCUAUAGUCGAGCUCCCUCAAGAUAGGCAGAUCGUAUCGGGCCAAAGACAUCGCAAUUUCCUUUACAAUGUAGCUCGAUCAGCAGAGACUAUCGGUUAUGUCUACAUCAUCAUACGCUUGGUUUCGUUAUUGUCAACUUCGGAGAAGACUUGGCAAAUGUGGACACUCUUUCUCCUCGAAACCUUCUUCAUUCAUUUGGCUCGAAAGGAACAGUCAUUGACUGUGUUGGCCACCAAGAAUCCAGAGAGUCUUCCCAGAAAACGACUACGCCUCCACGGAAAUAAAGAUCUGCCCCAUGUAGAUGUUCUUCUGCCAUGCUGCGGCGAAGAUGUUGAUGUGAUUCUACAGACAGUACAAGCGGCUUGUACUCUAGACUAUCCAAAGUCUCAUUUCAGAGUUCUCGUGCUUGAUGAUGGCCAAUCGCAAUUGUUGGAAAAGACAGUAUUGGAGCUGCAGACACAAUGGCCACAUCUUUCCUAUAACUCUCGCGGAAGACAAUCUGGGCAAGUUUUUGCCAAAUCUGGGAAUCUAAACUAUGCUUUAACAUCUCUACAACGGGAUUUCCAACCCGAAUUCUGCGCGAUUUUAGAUGCCGAUUCUAUACCAACGAGGGAAUUUCUGAGGGCCACGCUGCCUCAUCUACUCAUGGACCCAGAGGCGGCUCUUGUGUCUACUCGGCAAUAUUUCUACAAUCUUCCGAAUGGAGAUCCACUAUCCCAAUCGCGGGGGCAUUUUUAUACCUGCCAAAAUGCUAAAUUGGACACCCUUGGAAUCGCCAUUGAUUCGGGGUCAGGCGCAGUCUUUAGACGACAAUCGAUUGUGGAUGCGGGCCUUUACCCGACAUAUUCAUUUUCGGAGGAUUGGCAGCUGUCUUUGCUGCUACGCGGUAUGGGCUACAAAACCUUCCAGGUAGAUGAGGCCUUGCAAUUUGGUCAAGUUCCGGCUUCUCUUGCCGGCCAUAUUGCUCAAAGAAAACGAUGGAACAUCGGCCACGCUCAGCAGAUUGUUGCAAUGAUUUCUCCCAGAGGCAUGUCUCUAUCUUCCCAACUGAGAUUUUCGAUCGCUCGAAACGGAUUCGGUAUCGUAUUUGAAGAGAUUGGAUGCCUCUUGGGGUUUGCUGCCGUACCCCUUCUAUUAUUUUGCGGAAAGAAACUCGUUCCUACCUCAUCGCCAAAUAUGGUAGCACUGCAAUUUAUUCUUUCUCUGGGCCAAUUCUUGCAGGCCGCUUACACCGGCCAUCAAAGCACACCAUUUGCGUUCCUAGAGAACAAGUGGCUAGCAGGAUCGAAUGUUCACGCUAUACUAAGAUUCUACUUUGUCUCAAAAAAGCCGAAAGGUUCAUUCAUUACUGGCAGUAGCGAAAACUCAUUUAAUCACAAGACAGAAUUAUCUCUGUGCAUGAGACUGUAUCGGGACUUGUGGGGAAAUGGCAUUUUUUACAGCGUCAUUCUACUCACCGUUAUACUUUCCUCGAUAAUAUAUUCGUCUAUAUCAGCAACAGGAAAAGCUGAAGACUUUUUUAUGCAUACAAUCACCACCAUUGCGUGGCCCCAGCUCGCGCACAUGUGUUUUUUGGUGUUGAAAAAUCUCUCGGUGCCUAUGAUUUACCUGCUUGACCCACCAAAGUAUACAGCGCGAGCGAUACCCUUCGCCGAUAUGGGAACCAGUCAACUGAAGACUGAGGAAGAUGUGGUAGAUGGUGAGGCUGUGCAAGGGACGUGGAAUGGUAUUGAUAAAGCUGGCAAGAAUUGA